AUGAAGCCUCCGUUCCCUUCCCUUACCGAAGCCUACCACUCCACCAGCUACGAUGCCAUAUCUCCUACGCGCCAUGAGCUUUCUGUUGCCCACAAAACAAUUGUCGUCACUGGCGGCGGCCGCGGUCUAGGACCCGAGAUCGCCAGAGCCUAUGCGGCCGCAGGAGCUUCACACGUUGUCCUGCUCGGUCGCACGCAGGCCACUCUGUCCCAAACAGCGGAAAAGAUCGAGAAAGAGUUCUCUUCUGUCUCGGUGACCACCCAUACCGCCGAUGUCGCGGACGAAGCUGCCGUUGGGAAGGCAGCAGAGAAGGUCGGGAAGUGGGAUGUGCUGAUCCUGAACGCCGGGGUCCUUGCCGAGCCGCGUUCCGUCGCGGAGUCGGAUCCUACGGACUGGUGGCGCGUUUUCGAGACCAACGUCAAAGGAGCAAUGGUCACCACUCGUGCCUUCCUCCCCCUCCGAAACAACGAUGCCUCUCUUAUCGCCCUCAACGCCAACCUGAUUACUGUACCAGAGUCCAGCCCAUUCGCCAUGGGCGCUUCCGCCUACAACUGCUCCAAGCUCGCCCAACUAAAGCUCCUCCAGUAUGUCUCGGUCGAGAAUCCGGACCUCUUCGUCGUCUCGGCCCAUCCCGGUGCUGUAGACACAGACAUGCUCCGAUCCUCCGGUCUUGGUGAUAAAAUCGAUCCGGCAAUGUUCGACGACGUGAGUCUGUCGGCGCAUUUUCUCUUGUGGCUGGCGAGCAAGGAGGCGAGGUUCCUGAAGGGGAAGUUUGUGUGCGCGAAUUGGGAUGUGGAGGAGCUGAAGGGGAAGGCUAGGCUGAUUGAGACGACGUCUAUUUUGGAGGCUAGUAUACAUGGUUUCCCUUAUGGGAGUGCGAUGGAUGCUAUGCUGGCUCAGACAGAGGGCGGGAAGUAA